AUGGUUGGACGUUUCGGGGGCAAAGUAGUAAUUGUAACAGGCUCGAGCAACGGUAUCGGACGGGCAACAGCAGUGCUUUUCGCUGAAGAGGGUGCAAAAGUCACGAUUACAGGGCGAGAUGACAAAGCACUUGCGGAAACACGAAAAGAAAUGCAAGCUGUGGGCGCAAAGAAGGACGAUAUCGUGGCUGUACAGGGAGAUUUGAUUGAUGAAGUCAUUCAGAAGAAGAUUAUCGAUGCUACUAUCGAGCAGUUUGGAAAAAUCGAUAUUCUAGUUAACAAUGCAGGUGGCACAGCUCCAUCGAACACAUUAGCAAAUGGUUUUGAUCAGACCAUGGAAACUUACGACUACGUUAUGAAUCUCAAUACUAAAGUUGUACUCUCGCUUACAAAACGUGCUCUUCCACACCUCAUUGCAACAAAGGGAGAGAUCGUUAUGGUCAGCAGUAUUGCGGGACUACCAUUUGCGCUCCCAGGACUGCCCUACUACAGUAUGUCGAAAGCAGCACUUGAACAGCUGACCAAAUCUUUGGCUGUCAAAUACAUCGCAGAUGGAGUCAGAGUCAACUCAGUGAAGUUAGUUCUCACAGGCUCGCACUAUAACCAACAUUGUUUUGUUGUUCGCUAA